CCUGAUGAAUUAUGGAGAAAUGUAGUACCAGAAAAUAUAUUGAGACCAGACGCGAUAGCUUUACAAAGAUAUAGAAAAAUUCAAGUAAACGAACUACCAGAAGAACAAAUAAUUAUUAAAGAAGAAUUUAAUCAACAAGAUGUUCUAGAAUGUCCUAUUUGUCAUAUACCAUUACAUCAAGCUAGAAGACAAAUGGAAGAAAGACAAAGAGAUAUAAAUAAUAUUCUACAAAUAAGGGAGGAUGUGGAGGUAAUUGAUAAUGUGCAACAAAUAGUUGUUGGAAAGCAACCACCACCACUACAACAACAAAAUAAAGAUAGAAAUAUUGAUCUGCAAGAUUUUACAAGAUGUUCUAUUUGUAAUACACCUUUAAGGGAAGCUAUGAAUAGUAAUCCAGAAGUAGCGAGGCUUUGUAAUAAUAAUCAAAGAUAUAUGGCUCAUACGUAUUGUGCGACUAGAUGGUAUGAUAGAGAUGGUGUUGACACAUGUUGUGUUGUAUGUAGUUUAAAUUUAAUUUUACCAUAUAAUCGAGUAAAUAGAAAUCAAGUAUUACAAUAUGAUAGAGAAAGACAAAAUCGUAGAUUGAAUAUUGAGAGAUGUGGAAAAGAACGUAUGGAAUUAGCAGCGCAGAGAAGACAAGAAAGAAUAGCAGCGAAACAGAGAGAUUUAUAUAAUAUUCCACAAUUAGAUAGAAAUAGAGAAGUAAUUGAUAAUCAAUUAGAUGCACAACAGAUAAAUUUAGACAAUAAUCAAAAUGUGUGGCAAGGAAGAUUACGAGUUGUAGAUAUGUUUGGAAAUGUGAUAAGAAGAGUUAUUAAUUGA